UCAUACAAGUUUACAAUAGAGCUUUUAUGAAGCACUACUGAGUAGUGAGUCAAAAGGCGCAGCGGGGUCUUUACUCUCUAAUUACGUCUGUCCCUAUUUAAAUUUCUCGCGCGAGCAUGGUAUAGCUGCAAUUCUAGGGUUUUGUAUGGACAAGAGAAGUAGUAGUACCAUUAUGGCCUCCAGCUUCCUCCUUUUCCUUUUCUUAUUCAAUUUCCAGCUCUCUCUUGCCGCAGAGACAAACUUGAUGCAGUCCGUUCCGGAUUUACAAAAUUCAAUGUACAAGGUUGUUGAUGGAGAUGCUUGUGUUCGGCUGCUUAAUCUUUCAGGGGAGAUUGGUUGUUCAAAUCCUGGGCGAGAGAAAGUUGUUGCUCCAAUUAUCAGAUUCAGAGAUGCCAAUUCAUUGUCUCGUUCAUCAGCAGUUUUGUUGUCUCUUAAUGAAAUUCAGGAUUUCUUUAUCAGAGUCUCCACUGAUUCAACUUUUGCUAGAAACGUGGGUGGUGUUUUAGUUGAAUCAAAAGCCGACUUCCAAAAUAUGUCAAAAGGAUUCUCUCCAGCUCAUACAUUCCCUCAAGCUGAAUUUUCUCCUUACAAAAACACCAACUACAAGUGGAACCCUAUUGGAUCUGGUAUAAUGUGGAAUCAAUACGAUUUUCCUGUAUUCUUACUCUCUGAGAGUAGUACGAAGACCAUCCAAGAGGUUUCUGAAGAAAUUUUGAAGAGACAGAGAUCUUAUACCACUGUUGUGGCUGAGUUUGAUCUAGUGAUGCAGACAGUGAAAGCUGGAACCCAUGAUUCAGAAUCUUGUUUAAAAGAGGAGACUUGCUUUCCUUUAGGGGGAUACAGUGUUUGGUCAUCACUUCCUCCGCUUAAUAUCUCCUCCUCAGAUCAAGGCAAGCCUAUUAUAUUGGCUGUGGCAUCAAUGGAUUCAGCUUCAUUUUUCCGUGACAAAAGCCUUGGUGCUGACUCCCCAAUAUCAGGGCUGAUUGCACUAUUGGCAGCGGUUGAUGCAUUAUCACAUUUGGAGGCUAUCGAUGGCUUUGAUAAACAGCUUGUCUUUCUUGUUUUCACUGGAGAAGCUUGGGGUUACCUUGGCAGCCGAAGAUUUUUGCACGAACUUGAUCUACAGUCUGAUGCUGUUAAAGGCCUCAAUACCUCAUUGUUUGAAAUGAUUAUCGAAGUUGGAAGUGUUGGAAAAGGCUUCAAUGAAGGAGUCACUAGCUUUCAUGUUCACACUACUGGGGUUUCUUCAGCUACAAACAAGACAUUGGAUGCAUUAAAUCAUGCCCAAGAUUCACUCAAGUCUAGAAACAUAAGUAUCUCAUCGGCAGCUGCUUCAAACCCCGGCAUACCUCCAUCUUCCUUGAUGUCUUUUCUGAAUAAGAAUCCUAUUACCUCUGGAGUUGUUUUGGAAGAUUUUGAUACCAUCUUCUCCAACAAGUUCUAUCAUAGUCACCUUGAUGAUUCAUCUAAUUUAAACUCUUCAUCUAUUGUGGCGGCGGCUUCUCUUUUAGCACGCACCCUUUAUGUCCUUACAAGUGACACUAAAGAUGACAGCAAAUCAGCUCUAGCUUCUGUCAAUGUGAAUGUUUCACUGGUUGAACAACUUAUGGGUUGCCUAUUAGAAUGUGAGCCUGGUCUCUCAUGUGAGCUAGUGAAAAACUUUAUUGCUCCAUCCAGUACGUGCCCAAGCCAUUAUGUUGGUGUUAUUUCUGAGGAACCUUCUUCUACACCGUCUCCGGAAUACAUCGGUGAUGUUUCCAGAUUUGUGUGGAAUUUUCUGGCUGACAAAACUUCUCCUCCAAAAGGGAAGACUCCUGUUUGCUCAGAAGAUUGCAGCAAGAAAGGGGGAGUAUGCACUAGAGCAGAAGUAGAUGGAAAGGGAAUUUGUGUUUUCUCCACAACAAGGUAUGUACCAGCAUAUUCUACACGGUUGAGUUUCGAAUCAGGAACUUGGAAUGUCCUGCCUCCAAAUUCUUCUGACCCAAUGGGGAUGCACGAUCCUGUUUGGACUGAAAGCAACUGGAAUGCAAUAGGGCUCCGAGUAUACACAGUGCAGAGUGCUGCUUAUGACCGUCUUGUUCUAUUGGGUGGUAUUGCCAUUACAGGUGGGGCGUACCUUGCAAUAAUACUUACUAGAGCUUUUGUUGCAAAGAUUUUAAAACAAGAUUGAAAAUGGGAUUGGGAAAACUUUUCUCAACAACUCCUCCAAAAUAGAAUUUUGGUAUAUUACUAAUUGUGCAUGAUACAAUUUGUAAGAAUGCUUAAGGUAUAGCAACCAUCAGAAUGAAAAAUCGAAAAAAGAAUACUUAAUCAUAAUAGAAAAUAAUACUUAUCAAAUUUUAUCCAA